UGCAUGCUUCUGGCAAGAUUGUGCACUAUUCUCAGCCCGUUUUCAGUGUGUCUUAUCUUAAUUUGUCCUGAUCCGAUCUAAGCGCGAUAGCCACCACUUGCUUUCAAUUUGUAGGAUUUCUUCCCCUUCUUGGUUUGCUCCGACUACCCUCGGCACAUUUCCCUCCCUCCGUGUGUUUCGGGGGUCUCAAUUUACUUUGCCUUUUCUUCUUCGUCUACUUUUUUUUCCCACCUCCCUGCCUUUGAAUUGCUUCAUGUUACUAACCAUUCCUAAAUUCUAAGAGAAAUUCAUUCCCCCUCCUCUUCCACCAGCACCACUACCACUACCACCAUCACCUCCUCCUCCUCCUCCUCCUCCCCUUCUCUUCUCCUUUUUGGCAGCACCAGGACGUCCGGUGUGGUGGUGGCAGCGAGCAGCAAAAGCAGCAAGAGCUCGUUUUGAUUCCCCCCCCCUUCCAAGGUGCUUUGGAGAGACUGGUUUAAGGCUGAGCAGCAGAAGUCACCAUGAGUGCACAAGGUGAGGGACCCGGUCAGCCUUCCACUGCUGCCCAGGAGCAACCUGCAACCGCAGAGCCUCAGAAGAGAGGACGAGGCAGACCCAGGAAGCAACCACAAGAACCAACUGGUGAACCAUCUCCUAAAAGACCAAGAGGAAGACCCAAAGGAAGCAAAAACAAGAGUCCCUCUAAAGCAGCUCAGAAGAAAGCAGAAGCCACUGGUGAAAAGCGACCCAGAGGCCGGCCUAGAAAAUGGCCUCAACAAGUGGUUCAAAAGAAGCCUGCUCAGGAAGAGACUGAAGAAACAUCCUCACAGGAGUCUGCAGAGGAAGACUAGGAGACCACACUAUGCAAUUUCUACCUCAUCAGCAGAAAAAACAAAAGCUGAAAGCUGACCUUUCCCUUCAUUCAGCUGGUAAUCGAAGACAGACAUCCACACGGAAAAGGUACUUUUGUCUUGCAAAAGGGAAGAAAGGCAACCGUAGGUUGUGUAGCUGCAAAUGCAAACGUAUCAGCUGAAGCAGUAGUAAACAAAAUGAGCAGAGUCAGCUUUCUGCAGGGCCAGGUGUUUUCUGUGGAAACAAAAAUUGAGUUUUUAAGGCCAGGCUGGAGGGGACUCUGCCAACCUGAUCUAUGGCGAGGUGUCCCUGCCCGUGGCAGGGGAUUUGGAACUAAAUGAUCCUUGGGAGUCCCUUCCAGCCCUGACAAUUCUGUGAUUCGAUGACUCUAUGUCUGACACCAAACACUCUUACGCCAUCAUUGACUAAGUCUUGAGGAGAAAAGUGUUUUAAAGGUGCCUCAGAAUGAAUCACGGACAUAUCUGAACAAAAAGAACCCACCUGUGUCACUUAGUUUUGACUCGUUCCACUCACCCUUUAACUAGUAUUUCAAUCAGACUACAUCUCUCCUUGUUACCCCUCAGUCACGAUGCAAGAACCAGCACCACGUACCUCAGCUAAGCUCAUGUGUUACUUUAAGCAAUGUAUUUGGACAUAGGAUGGUUCACUGGGCACCUCUGUGCCGGUGGCACUUCUCCGUCUUUCCACUCAAAGCAGCACUUUUUAGCACCAGAUGCAAUAUUUCCUCCCCACUAUUCAAUACUACCUCUGAUUUUUACAGAUAACUCAACAGACUGAUAAAUACAAAUGCUGCUAGACACACUCAAUGCAGGAAAUUCUUACUGGGCAGAUAAUCCUGAGUAUGUGCAUUUUUCCCUUACUUCUACUUCAACACUUAAUUGCAGCUAAGGAAGCAAUACCUUUAAUUGUGUUUUGGCAUGACUAUGUAUUUUUCUUUCUCUGUUUGCUUGGUUUGGGUGGGGUUUUUUUGCCUUUUAUUCUUUUUGGUUGGUUGUUUCUGUUUGUUUUUCCACUUACCCCUAUUCUCUUCUAGACUUCUGCGUAAUGUGCUGUUAACUUGAAUAUAUUUUUGUACUGAAUUGCUGAUGGGUUUGUGAGGAUAAUUUUCUUCAGUAACACUACAUGACAUAGAAAGAAAGGAAAAAAAAAAAAAAAAGAAGAAAUUUAGCUCUAAUGUUUAAAUAUUACUCUCCAAGUUUGUACCUCAAGUGAAUUGUUUAAAGAGAUAGACUAAUUGAUUGACAAAGACCUACCUCCAGACUUGAAAUGGAAUGAACUUGUUACUAUUCAGCAGUUAGUUUUGGGACAUUUGAAACGGUUUAGGACUGCAACUAAUCCCCACUUCAAAACGUUUUUUUUCUUUAUGUAAAAUAACUUGUGGAAAAAAAAUGAACACAUUUAAAAAAUUACUUUCUUAUUAAAAAAAAAAAUAAGGAAAAAAAAACAAACCCCAAACCCUUCAAAGAAACUUGAAGCUUUGUCAGGUGGGAAAGCAACAAGCUCAGCUUUUGCAUAAUGCAAUCACAAAUCUGUGGGUUUGUUUGGGGUUUGGUUUUGUUGGUGUUGUUUUAUUUUAAGGAGACAUAAAUAAAAGGAGUAGAUUGUAAGGAAAUGCUUGGCGAGGAUUUUCCUGUCUUUGCCACAAAUGUGACUUUUGUUAUAUGUUUCAGCCAGAUUUAUUUUAAAUGCUUCUUGUGUAGAGGGUCCGUUGUUGUUUUGGGUUGGAUUUUUAAUUCUCCUCUCUCUCUCUCUCU